CCACUUGGGAACUAAGGCAACUAAGGACUCAGAUUUCGCCAUGGGAACUGCGCCUUCAAGGCACAUCGAAAUCUCUGAGGAUGCAAAAGCCAAAGAUGCUGAUCAGAUGCCUCAAGCGAAAGACACCAAGGAUGCCAAUAAAGCCAUGGGCCCUAUGGGCCCUAUGGGCUCUGGUAUCUCCAACGGUAAGUUUCCUUUCACUCCAAAGAUCAUUCGGAUGGAUCGAUGCAUGGCUCGAACUUGGAAUGGUGGGAAAGGUGGCCAAUGUAGCCGUCCAAAAACGGCCAAUGCGGAUUUUUGCACCAGACAUGCCGAGAAUUUGAAGUGGCAGGUGCAUGGCCGCGUGGAUGGACACAUCCCAUCCAAGAAGAUCGGUGAGUUUGAGAGAUCCCAAAAAAUCCUGGAAGUGCGGAAGGUCUCCAAGAAGUGAAGCAAUGCAAUGAGUUGCCCGGUAGUCCUGAAGCUGCCAACAUGCAAAUGGUCUUUGAACUGGU